AUGAAAAUAUUUUAUUUUUCUGUCAUUUUAUUUUAUUUUGCUUUGGUUAGCAAUGUAAAUUGUUUAUUUAAAAAAGUGUUAAGUCACUUUUAUUGUCAUAACGAAAGUUGUUAUGAAAUAUUAGGAAUUAGUGAAAAAGCGACCCCAGAAGAAAUUAGAUAUUCAUACUAUAAGAAGUUAAAAAAUAUAAAAAAAGGAUAUGAUUUAAAAAAAAAAAAGAAAGUGGUUAGAGCUUUUAACAUUUUAAUUAAUAAAAGAACUAGAAGUUAUUAUGAUUAUUAUUUGAAUAAUCCUAAUAGCAUAGUUAAUUUAAUAUAUUUUAAUUUAUAUUGUUUUUAUAAAUUAUUUAAAGUAAUAUUGAUAUUAUUGCUUGUUAGCUUUUUUAUAUGUUUGUUUCAAUAUAUUCAUAAUAGCAAUGAAAUGAAAAGAGUUAUUCAAAAAUGCUCAAAAAAUAAAUUAUUCAAAAGAGAAGUUCAAAAUAGAAUAGCUGAAAACCAUCCAGAUUUUCAUAAUUAUGACUUGAAAAAAAAAAGAAAAAUUGAAAAAAAAAUAGAAGAAGAUGUUGUACAAGAGAUAGUGAUGAUAAAUAAUCAGAAAACAAGAAGGCUUGGUAUUUCUGAUUUAAUUAUUGUAAAAAUUUUUUUUUUACCAAGACAUAUUUGGCAAUAUGUAAAAUGGAAUAUAAAAUGGAUAAUAAAAUAUAAUAUAUUAAAUGAGGAAUACGAUGAAAAUGAUAAAGUUUAUAUUACAAGAAAGUACAUGAAUGUUUCUUUAGAGAAAUGGAAUUCACUUAAUGAGGAAGAGAAAAGAAAUUAUUUAAAAAAAGAAUUAUGGGUAAAACAAAAUUUAGAUGAUUUUCUUCAUGAAGAGAGAGAAAAAGAUAGGAUAAAUAAAAUUUCAAGUUCAAAAUAUAAAAAGCAAAUUAGAAUGAAGAAAAAAGGAAUUAGUUUUAAUUAUAAUGAUUAA